CAUUAUUGCAGGUCUAACACUUCUGUUUAAGACCAAAAAGUGAGAUCUGGAGGAAGAGGACGAUGUACAGAGGAAUGACAAGCAUGGAAGUCAUAUUUAGUAGAGGUGAUGAACAGGAUCUGAGGAUUGUGCUGCUGGGAGUCUCUGGAGCUGGAAAGAGCUCAAUGGCAAAUGCAAUACUGGGAUGUAUGUCGUUUAAAGAGAGCAGAACCAGAGAGAGUGAGAUACAGAGAGGAAGAGUAGCAGACAGAAACAUCUCCAUCAUCGACACUCCAGGAUUCUUCAACUCUCAACUGACUGAUGAAGAGCUGCAGAAUCAAAUGGUGAAGAGUCUGUAUCUUUGUCAUCCUGGUCCUCAUGUGUUCCUGCUCAUCAUCAACCUGGAGACCUUCAGAAAGGACGAGAGGAACAUUGUGGAGCAAAUUCAGGAGAACUUUGGAGUUCCAGCGUUUAAGUUCACCCUGGUGCUGUUUACUGGAAGAGAACAAAUGUCAAACAGAGAAUGGAUGGUCUUUAUGGAUAGUAGACAUUUUCAAGACAUAGUCAAUCACUGCAGAGGUAAAUAUCAUUCCAUCAACAGUAAAAGUGAGAUUGCUCAAACUCACAUUACAAAGCUUCUGGAUAAGAUUGAUGAAAUCAUCAAACAGAAUAAUGGCCAGCAUUACAAUACUGAGAUUUACUCAGUUUUUCGAACAAGGAGCAAAAAAGAAACAAACAAACAAGAGGAAGAAAAGGACAGAACAAUGGAGCAAAAGAAUGAUAUAAGACAAGAGCAAAUUAAAAUAGUGCAGGAGACUUUUGAAAUGGACAGUGUAAGGGUAGAGAGAAUCGAAAAGGAACAACUUGUUUCUCAUGUGGAAGAAACAGUGAGAACUCCUGUGUAUGAAGAAAACAUUGAUAAAGGGAACAUGAUUCGUACAUCAUCAGUAAGAUCACUGGCAAUCUUUUUUGAUAGAAAGGAUGAAACAAAAACAGCCCAGACACCAAAAGUUGGAAAAACAAGAACAUGGGCCCUAAAGAAACAACAGACAACAACAGAACAACAGUUGACCAAUGCAGUUCUCAGGAUCGUGAUGGUGGGUAUAACCGGAGCUGGAAAGAGUGCAACAGGAAACACCAUCCUGAGAAAAAAACUGUUUGAUGAACAGUUGUCCUCUGAAUCGGUGACUAAGAAAUGCCAAAAACAUCAGCAAAUGAUGGAAGGUAAAAUCAUCUCAGUGAUCGACACUCCAGGACUGUUUGACACGUCAUUCAGUGAAGAAGAGCUGAAGGAGGAACUAGUGAAGUGUGUAGAAAUGUCUGUUCCUGGUCCUCAUGUGUUUCUGCUGGUGAUCAGACUGGAUGUGCGAUUCACAGAAGAGGAGAAAAAUGCAGUCAAGUGGAUUCAGGACAACUUUGGAAAAUAUGCUACAAAUUACACCAUAGUUCUGCUCACUAGAGGAGAUCAGUUAGCUUCAUCUAUAGAAGAGUUUCUGACAAAAAAUGAGCCGAUUAACAAGCUAGUUAGUGAGUGCAAAGGUGGUUAUCAUGUUUUUGAUAACAAAGAUGAAGAAAAUAAAUCACAGGUCAGUCACCUGAUAGAGAAGAUUGACAGAAUGGUGAAAGAGAACGGAGGAGAGCAUUACACAAAUGAGAUGUACAAGAAAGCUCAGAGGAAAAUAAUGUUAAACAAGUGUAAACAUGCAGCUUUAGUGGGAGCAGGUGUAGCAGGUGUAGGAGCAGCAGUAGCUGGUGGUACAUUACUUGGCAUUGCUACUGCUGGAGUGGCAGUGCCUGUAGUUUUAAUGGCAGGAGGUGCAGCCCUAACAGGAGGAUCAACUGCAAAAGUUAUCGUUGAUAAAGUUAAUAAAAAAUAGUUUGAGUUUAUUGCGGAAAACGUGGAAAGUGAUUGCCUCAAAGCAAAUUAGUUCAUCAUUUUUCAAUGAAGUUGAUAAAACUUUGGCCUACUGCAAAUGUAACAUGUGGAUUUGUAUAGGGUUACCAGACACCUUUAGUAUUGAUAACUCAAUUUGACAAGUUCUGCUAAAAUAUCAGUUUACAUACAAAUCUUCUGAUUCAUUUUUACUAGAAAAACACUUAUUAAAACUGAUUGUUUCAAGAAAGUUGUACUCAAAACUAAAAGUUGUUAAUACAAAAACAGACUUAGAUUGUUAGCACAGCUGUAGGACACAUACUGUUAUUACUUAAAUAGAAAACAAAGAUUGAUGUCCCUUUUUGACAUAUUGUAAUUGUUUACCUGGCCAAAUCGACAACAGAAAAACAAAAGGGUUUAAAAUCAACAAAAACGUUUGCUUUCCCAUCUCAAACUUUUCAGUAAGAAAGGCCAUUUUUACACCUGGUGUAGCUGCACUGAUCCAAUAAAUAGCGGCCAUGAAUCACACAGAUGUCUUUUAGAAUUUUUAUUUGCUCUCUCUCUGUCGUUUCCGAAGAUGCCACGGUCUAUAAAAGACACUGUGAAAACUACAAAAAAUACAGAAAUAAACUACUUAACCACAUCUCUCAGUCAUCAUUCACUUUCACAAAUCACAAUCCUUUAACAAUUAGUCCCAUUCAACACAUCAUUACAUAUUGUUACAAAGCAGAACACAUUACAUUACACAUGUGAAAGCACAUAAACUCUAUAACACAAAAUAUAACAAAAACAAACAUAAACAAAUACCGUGUGCGCCUCUUGGACCAUAUGCAGUGCAACCUGUUCAUAUUGCUCUCUGACCCACAGUUCCAGAGUCCAUGUCUGAGUCACGUGAUGCAUUACGUUGCAUUAGAGGAACGUUACACACAAGAGAAGUUACUUUUCAAACACAGUUUAGACUAUUUAAAAUCAACAACUCUCUUUGAAACAUUACAUUUAACCACAUUUUUAAAUCUGCAUGAACUUAUCAAACAUGUAUUCAUGUAAUCAACAAUAAUCAUCAUAACAUGUCUUGAGACAUUUACACCUGGUAUUAAGAUGCGUUUGGUCGAUCGGAAGUAGACACAUUCCACACAAUCCACCCUUUUGUCCACUUUUGACCACUUCUGUCUUGAUUUCUUCAAAGGGAGUGUCUAUAUGGCGGUAAAUUCAUAGGCUUUUUGUAUAGGGAAUGCUCUACUAAUUUUACUAAAAUGCAAAUUUUUCAAUGCAUCCUCCAUCCUCGCUUCUUUUCCCUGGGUCCUUCCUUCAUAUUCUGAAGGGGUGUAGCUAAGAUGUGAGGAAAGGAAGCGAGGAAAGCCGUGGUGUAAAGUAUUGGAGUAAAUGUAAUUAGUUACUGUACUUAAGUAUCUUUUUGGCUACUUUGUAGGUGUACUGGGUAUUAAAUAUAUUAGCAACUUUUACUCUCUACUUGACUACAUUUUUGAACAAGUAUAUGUACUCUUUAAUCCACUACAUUUGUAUUGACUAAUGCAAUUACACGUUACAUUUUACCUGGCACCUAACUUUUUUUGCAGCAGUUUAUUUUUGCUACAGAAGAAUUAAUAUAGCCAUUUACAAUGCAUUGAAUGUACUAUAAUUUUGUGGAUUUUGCCCUAACUUACUAAAACUGGUCAACAUGGCUUCUUUAUGUGAAUAUGAGUGCUGUAUCAGGUAGUUGUCAAUUGCUGGCGGUUUUAUACCCCGGUUCUCUGAGAUCAGAGCGAGGCAUCUCACCAAGCUUCCCUUCUUGCAUAACGCGGGGGAAGAGCGUGCUUAGAAUGCCGUUACAGGUAACCACAGCAGUAUGUAUAGGAGAGGGGCGGGCUCUUAGUGUUGAGCUGUGAUUAGUCCACCCAUCGGGCAGACGUGGUGUAAUUGGUGCUUCCAUAGUCUAUCAUGCCUGAGGCGUUUCCCAUAGUGAGAUACCUCGCUCUGUUCUCAGAGAACCGGGGUUACGUGAGUAACCUUACGUUAUUCCACAGUGACACACAUAUUAUACAGAUUGGUUUUUAAUUAUGGCUUUGUUUUAUACACAGUUUAUGUGCUGGCAUAAAGUUGAAUUGACGUUGGACGUUCGAUAUUCGUGAAUUUAGGGACCGUCUCUAAAGUUACACAUUAAAAUACAAAUUUUAAAGCUCAAUAGCAUUUAAAGGAAAUUACUUACAGCCACAAAACUAACUGUACAGUGUUCAUGUGUGUGUCAGCUAUAAUGCACAUCUUUUAG